AACGUCGCGGUAAAAAUAAAAAGGAAACAAACAAUCUAGUACCGGGAGAAAUUAAACUGUGCUGAGUGUUUAUCAAUCUAUUUUCUAUUUUUUGUUGUUGUUACUUGAUUGAGCGCUAGUUAACAUUAACAAAUCAUGUCUGAAUCGCAAGAAUCCAAUACCUGUGUGCCUGAGAGCAGAGACUCCGACAGUGAACCAAAGCAAAGCCAAAGCAACGACGGUGAAAAUGGGGCAAAACAUAGUACAAUCGUAGCCUCGCAUUACAAUAAAAUUGAGGAACGGGGUUUGGUGGCUCGCAAAAAGUCAAACAUAUAUUUUAUGCGUAAUUUCAACAACUGGAUCAAAAGCUGUGUUAUUGAAAAGUAUACCGCACUGGUUAAGGGAAGGACUCUGCUGGGUUCACCGUUCCGGGUGUUGGAUAUGUGCUGUGGAAAGGGCGGUGAUCUGAACAAAUGGUCCAACUCGAAUGUGACGCAUCUGAUCUGCACGGACAUAGCGCAGGUCAGCCUAGAGCAGUGCGAGAAUCGUUUCAACACAAUGUUCCAAAAGGAACGGGAACAUCAGCGGAAACCGAAGGUGGAGUUUUUCGCUGCCGAUGCUACACUGCAGCAGCUCCGUACGAAGUACCACGAUCCGUCGUUAAAGCUGCACCUGGUGAGCUGCCAGUUUGCGUUUCACUAUUCGUUCGAGUCAUUCAAGCAGGCGGACUGUAUGCUAAAGAAUGCAGCUGAAUGUCUGGACGAAGGGUUCUACUUCAUUGGUACGAUUCCGGAUGCAAACGAACUGAUGAAACGGCAGCGCAGAGCCAUGUCGGACACAUUCGGGAACGAUAUCUAUCGGAUCAAAUUCUUGUGCGAUACGGAUAAUCCACCGCUGUUUGGAGCGAAGUACAAUUUUCAGCUAGACGAGGUGGUUGAUUGUCCAGAGUUUUUAGUCCAUUUUCCGACCCUUGAAAAGUUGGCCUUAAAGCAUGGUUUGAGGCUGGUGGAGAAGAAACGUUUCGAGGAGCUGUUCGACGAACAUGGCCACCGUAAACAGGGAUUGCUUGAGAAGAUGCAGGCGUUGGAAACGUAUCCGCCAGCACCGUACGGUCGGGCGAACGCAGAUGAUCAGUCGAAGCAACCGGAGCAGUAUAAGCAUGCGGAAGAGUACGGCAGACAAAUGUCCUCUCACCAUCAAUUUCGAGUGGGGACACUAUCGCAACAAGAAUGGGAAGCGGCAACUCUGUAUUUGUUUUUUGCAUUUCAGAAAAUGAAGACUACGUACGACACGAACGGUAGGCCUGUUUAUUCUUAAGCUUUUGGUCUUAAGAAUGGUUGCGCUUGUUACUGAAUUUAAUCUUUUAUACAAGAAAAAUAAAUCUAUAGUUAAGAAUCUGAAAAA